GAGACAAUUCCUUUUGAUCAACAUGGCAGCGCCCACCAGCACAUCGGCGACAAUCACGAGUGCGAAUGAAACCCGAAAUUGUGCCUCGAAUGCUGAAAAGGAAGUAGACAUUUAUCGUGACACUCCCAUUAGGUAUCUUGGAUAUGCAAACGAAGUUGGAGAGUCAUUCCGGGCAUUGAUACCAAAAUCUGCUGUGUGGGCCACAUAUGGGAUCGCCAGUGCGUAUGUGCUUGCUGAUGCCAGACACAAAGGGCAAGUAGCUGCUAAGUUGAACUGGCCUGAUGACUCCACCAAGAAGCAGAAAGUCAUGCAUGCAGUGGGUGAUACCAUUGUGUGGCAGGGGUUGGCAUCUGUCAUGAUACCAGGGUUCACCAUCAACAGGAUAUGCAAGCUUUCUCUCUACACCCUCAGCAGAGUGUCCAGUCUUCCAGACCCAGUCAGGAAAUGGACGACAACAGCGAUAGGGCUAGCAGUCAUCCCAUUCAUUGUCAAACCGAUAGACAAGAGUGUUGAUUACAUGAUGAACAACUCAGUGAGAAGAUGGUACCACAUAGAACCACCAGAAGAGAAACUAGUCCAUCACAGGAGAUAGCAGAGAAUGCAUUUACCAUGGCAACUGAAGUUUGUAUGAAAAUAGCCUUGAGCACCAGGGUCAGUAUUCAUUUCAUUACCCAAUAAAGCAAGUCAAGUUGACAGAAGGGCUUGUGGGAGGCAGGACCUUUUGUUGUUGGAAAGGUGGAAAUAGUUGUUAGUUUGCUAAUGGUUCUCAUGCUACUGUAUUGAAAACAAUGGUGAAAAUCAUCACUGCUAUUAAGCAAAGAUUGCUCUUUAGUUUUCCUGAAAUGAUGAAAAAUACACCAAAUAACAGCUGAAAUCUUCAGCUUAGGGGACAUUAGAGUUCUCAAGGUAAGGUCACAAUUCAUGAAAUCACAACCCAUGUGAGGUUUGACUUUUUUGGAUCACCUAAUGCCAACUCAAAUUUCAAUCCUUUGGUUAUUUAUAAACUCAAAUUUAAAUGGGGAAAAAAAUGUUGGUUUAUUAUCAGCCAACUCAAAUUUCAAUUAGUUCUUUGUUCAUAAAUUGUCAUGAUCCAUGAAUGCUGAAUAAAGAGGUUAAAACCUAGCAUGCAUGUAAAAUAAAAUGUGGGCUAUAAUUCUUGUUUAGUGUUGACUUAUAUCAGGGUUAACUUCUGAGAAGACUACCUAUAAAUUGAGAAUGCAACUCAAGGGGAAUCCUGCCUUGGUCAUAAAAUGUUUUGUUGGAAAGGAGAAAAAUAAAUAAAACAGAAUGGUGAAGGUUUGAAAGAAGUCGAACAAGCAAUAAGAAAGAUAUGACUGCUUUAAAAUUGAGAUCCCUAGUUGUAGAUUUCAAAUUGGCAACUGGGUAAGUAAAUUAUGACAAGGGGCAAGGACAACUUUCCCAUAGGCCAUGUAUUUAAUUAUCAGGGAUUUGUGGUUUUUGCAUGAGUACCUAAAUAUAACCCAGGUAGUAUAUUGUUUUAUGUCAUGAAAGAAAAAUAUGAUUUGAAGUAAAACUUUUGAAAAAAAUUGUGAGGUUAUAAAAAAUCAAGACUAAAAUUUUUUAGCUAUUGUAUGUAUUGGAGUACAUGGAAGAGUAGUCCUUGCCUUGCAUCAAGUAUGGAGCCAAUUUAAAAUCUACAUAGGUAUAGUGAUUACCAAUAUUUAUAACUUUAAAAAUCCAUAACUUUCUUAGUGUUUACGAUAUUGUUCAAACUUUCACCUAUCAACUUUUCUGAAUUUUAUUUUUCCUUUAAAACAAGUUUUUAUUUGGGUUGGAUUUCCUUUUAAUGUCGAUAGUACUGUUAGUACUCUAUUUCUAGCGUUUGUUUUACUAAAAGAAGGCUGCAAAAGCUUUUUAGCCUCAAUGGUGAAUGGCAUCUUGGUUGGGGCAGAAUACUAGACCAUUCAUUACCUCUCUAUGAAGUAAAUGUGCUUCCAAUUGCUACUGGUAAUUAUUUUGUUUACUUUGCUUCUCAAUCAAUUUUAGUUUUGACUGUCUUUUACUUUGCAAGGAGGCUGUAUGGGAUAUAAAUGGCCAAAUAAGAUUAUUCUGAAAGUCGAUAAUCAAUUGGAGAGAAUGUGCUUCAUUGAAGUGUCAUCAAAAUGAAUGCUUACAUGUAUCUGGUUCGAUUCUCUCACUUUUACCUCAUCCUUAAAAUUCUUUCUGAUUUAAAGAAUUGGAAGUACAAAGAUCAUUUGAAUUAAUUUAGAAAUUUGAAUUUUCAUAAAACUGAUGGGAUGGAUACGGGUAUACAGAUUUCCAGAUUGUAAGAGAGUAAAAUUCUGUAGAAAUUAUAGUGUGUGAAGAUUUCAGAAUAUUGGUCCUGGUGUUUAUCAGGGUCCCGUAACACUUAGGUUAGCAAAUAAUCGAAAACUUGAUUUUCAUGAUUAAUUGUACAUUGUAGUUAUACAAUCAAUUAAAAAGAGUAAAAAACAAUACUAUAGAGAUGUGUAUUUCAAGUGUUUGCUCUAACCAAUUGUUUGCUGAUAGAGAGUAGCAUUUCGGGGCAUAUGCCUUGGGAGAAUGUUCGUAGGAAAUUUAAGCGGAGUGUUAUAAGAAGAUUUUACGUUUUUAUUUUUUAUUCAUAAUGCACUUUGGAUGAAAAGUUUCUUUCAUAUUCAACUAUGCUUCGCAAUUACUUACCAGUACAUGAACUACCACUGUGAAUCGUGGUAGUUGUACUUGUGUGUGUAUUCUUAGCCUUUAAUUUAUUUAAAAGUCAGCAUGUGCAAUGAAGACAAACCAACAAAAGUGAAAUUGAACUUUUGUAUAACUGAAUGAUUAAAUUCAUAUUUUAUUUCAAA